AGAGUUCCUGCAAGGAGCCAUGGAGCGCUGUGGCACUGCUAGAUUCCGAAAUCCGGAUGCAUUUCCGAGCAUCGUGGGGAAGAGCGGAAAGCUCCAACCCAGAGGACAGAAAGCUGGAGCAGGAGGUAGCGGGCUGCUGGACCUCCCACUCGGGGUCAAAAUCCCUGUGCAGCCUGGCACCAAGCAUGUCUUCUGCAGGACAAAGCUGGGGGAAAAGCUUCACCAGCCUUCUCCUAAUUUUGAUCUGGGAGAUCCAUACUGUCGCCAUCUGCGCACAGAAUACAACAGCCUGCAUGACCCACAUCUGCAGGACUACCACAAGCGCAGGGCCAACCUGCAGAACCUGAAGAACAGGGGCCUUGUCACCGAGGAUGGCAAAGUUGUCUGCACUCUGAAAGAGUUCAAUGAGUACAGGCAGUACCUGACCAGGCUGAAGCUGGAGCAGGAGAAAAUAGAGAGGCAAAAACAGGACAGGUUUCUUCAGGAGCUAUCCAACUUGAAGAAAGCUGUCCACAGACCAAUGGCAGACACUGAUGAGCUCCUGCCUGGUCCUGUGGAUUACAUUGUGGGUAAGGAAGCCAGGCCCAUGAAGCCUCACAGACCAGCUGGCCCUGCUCCUUCAGGCCAUAAUCUCCAGUCUGGCCAACACAGAAGAAGGAAUGUGGCUUUGAUGAAGCACGAACCUCAGGGAGACUCACUGAGCACAGGACGUGCAAUGAAGCUCCCUGAGAAGCUGCCUAAACCUGAGUUGGGCAGGGAAGGCUCCAAACUCCACAGAAGCAUCCAUUCUGUUGCUGCCUCAAAAACAAAACCGCAGUUCCCUGGACAUUGUGAAUUCAGAGCGAUGUCUGAAAAACAAGCAGAGAGACAUCAAGAGGUGACGGGGACUCUGCUGAAAGAAGUAACAGAGAAGUUGAAGGCACUGGAUCGUCCUGUCUGCUCCUCAAGGAGGGCUCCCCAAAAGAGCAGUCAGAAAGUGUUUAGAAGUGCCAAAAGAGCAGAGCCUUCAAAGAUGCCACAUUUCACUCAUGAGCAGGAAAUGGCAUUGCUGGCUUGGGAUGUUGCAGGGAGAAUACUGAAGCAAGCUUGGAAGUAGCAUUCAUUUGAAUCCAGCACAGCCAGUGCACCUGAGCCAAGGCCAGCAGCCAGGCUGUGGGAGCAGUCCAUCACUGGAAUAACUUUCAAAACAGGAAAAGCAGAGUAUGUGAAGCCUCUGACAAAGCAUCCUCGCAGGCUUCCAUUCACAAAGUCAUACUAGAAGCUGCUGGAAGUGUUUGGAACAUGUUGCAAUCCUUUGUAGCUUCUCAGUCUGAUCAAGACUCUGGCUGCAAAUAUUCUGAAAUCAUUGAGCUACUCAUCAACCAUCUCUCUCAGAGGCAGCUGCAGCCAUCCCAGGUGCCUCUGUCAUGGCAAAGCAGGACAGAAGGACGAGGCUCAUCAGAAGAGCAGAGCCCAGCAACAAGCCAGAGAGAAAAGCAGCCCGUGAUCCAACCAAUGCCGGCACCGCCGGCACCUUUCCCUCCCAGGGGCACGUGCCAUGGCCAUGCUGCUGACGUCUCUCACCGGAGUCACAGCAUUUGUCAACAGUUUAUGGGAUGUUUCGGCUUCAUUCUAUGACUAGUGGGGCUGGGGGACCUACGGAUCCAUGCCCUGGGAAAGGGAAAAGGGAAAACAAGGGAAAAUCAGUAGAGAGAGGUGGACCAAAAAACAGGAACAGGUGACAAUCUGAGGAGAAACGAAUUACUUUACUGAAUAUCAGAAUGCAAGAUAACACACUAUAGUACAAUAAAUACCAUAUAAUUAAAAUUGGAGCUAAUAAAUCUAAUAAAAAAACAAGAGUGUUUGAAAACCAAAGUCCUUACUCUAAUGCUGAGGCGAGACAAUCUUGGGAGCUCAUAUGCUGCCGAGAUCAACAAGGAAAGGCAAGGUCAAAUGAUCUACAAAUGGCUUUUGUCUUGCGCUCUGAGCAGAAACGGUAACAGAUCAGCAAACAGUCCUCUGGGGGAUGUAGUUCUUCUGUUCUGGGACCGGUACCUGGAACUGGAGCAUCAAGUCUUAAACUCCCAAUGCACCACAUGAUGUUACGAUGUGGAUUAUCGAUAAUCAAAAAUCAUAAAACCAUGACGGCACUGUAGAGGACAGCAUUGAAAACGCUGUCUCCACAGUAGAGCAGGAGGAGCAAGAAGAAUUGCUUCUUAGGCAUGCCAAAUCCGUUGUCACUGAAGUAGUUUUAAGAGCAGAGAAAACUGCAGAGAAUGAGGAAAGGCAUUAAGCUCAGCGUUGUCUGCCAACACCACGGCAUCUGGGACAGUGGGCUCCGUAUCAGAGCAGAGCUCUAAGGCUCAGGCAGCACGUGGGCUACAACUGAGCUCCGGGAGGCCUGCUGACAAAGAGCCCUGCCCACGAGGUGGCAAGGAAAGCCGUCCCUCUAAGGACCUCCAAAGCUCACCUGAUCUCCUGCCACCCAUCCAGUGUGGCUCUGGGCAAGCUGCUCCUGGCAUGCCAGAAGACCUUCAGAAGUCCCUGGAUUGCAGCUCUUCCACACCCAUGUGGGAAACCGAAACAGAGCAGAAUCCAGGGAGCACUGCCAGCACCUUUCCCUCCCAGGGGCGCAUGCCAAGGUCAUGCUGUCGGGACCCAAAAAACUCAGAGCACCUCCUCUAAGCCCAUAGUAAAAAUUUAACAGCCACAGUGCUUGCUUGUGCCAAUAUUUAUUCAAUCCUGGCCAUGCUGUGCUUGUGGAUUUUCCCUGUGUUCUGUUCUCUCCUCUGUCUGCCUCCUCCAGCCUCCAUCAGGCUGAGAUCCAGUGUUAACAGACCAUUGGAACUAGCGAGGGGUGAAGUGGCUGCAGAGAAGGACCUGGUGGCCAAAAAGCAGGACAUGAGCCAGCAGUGUGCUCCUGCAGCCAAGUGCAUCCUGCGCUGCAUCAACAGAGAGGUGGCAGCAGGCAGGGAGGGAACCGUCCUACCCUGCUUUGCCCUUGUGAGUCCCCACCUGCAGUACUGCAUCUAGGCCUGGGGCCCCCACUGCAAGAAGGAGGAGGAGCUGUUGGAGCAGACUAAACUGCAAGUUAUCUGCAUGUGCAGAGAACUGAGCAUUAGUCGUGCAUCCCGGCAUGCAGAUCUUCUAGGUUAAUACAUCACCAACCACCAGGUGUGGAGUUCCCACGUCACCAAAUUCAGUUUCCUUCUGGGCAAAGUGUGGGAAAUGCCUCCUGGACGUGUGCUCUAGGGACAGCAAGCAUUCAUAUUCAUUAUUCUUGUCCAGACCCAUAGUACCAGUUGCUUUGUGCUGGACUUAGACUGGUUACAGCUUUUCUAGAGCUCCAUAUUCCCACUUUAAGCUAACUGAAAGCCUAUUGCUCCGCUGCUUGUUGCAGAGAAGGAAGCCUCUGAAUGAUUCAUGGCUGCUGCUACGGCACUAAUUUCAUAUUAGUCUGUUAAUACGCCUACCACACAUAUAAAGGGCUUUAAAUGUGACGUAUGUUAAUAAUUCUGGUACUGAAUUACAAAUUUAUAAUCAGGUUCUCCCUGCCUGAACACAGAGCUGCCCUGUCCCUCUUUUCACAUCCCACAGCUCCUAGGAAACCCUGGGGAAUUUCGCUGUGGGCUGCUCCAUGCUCCAGACAUUGGUCUUGUUAAGGAUCUGAGUGUUGGCAUGCUUACUUAUUUGUCCAGGAAAAAUAAUAUUAGAACAGGCUCUU